AUGAGCAAGCGGGCCUGCGUUUGGUUGGUAGCAAUUUGGCAACCAACUUGGGGCUCAGUCGCGCGUGGACGCCUCACCCUGGCGCAUGGGCCCUGGCUGGCAGCUGCUCCUGGGGGCCUGUCCAGCAGCUGCCUGAGCACCUUUGUCUCAGAGACGCCCCCAGAAGUGGCCAGCGGGCGUCUCUGGCCCUCGGCGCUUUGGAUUUUGGUGGUGAUGGAAACAAGACACUCGCACUGGCCAUUGGAGCCAUCGUUGGCUGGUGGAGAGCUCCAGCAGAGUAGUGUGCUUGUGGAGGUGUGGUUGGCGGUCACCGUGGGGGUCACCGUGGACGUGCACGAGGUGUUCAAGUACCCCUUCGAGCAGGUGGUCACCGGCUUCCUCCGAAAGUAUCUGAACCCCAUGGAUAAAAAUGUCAUCUCUGUAAAAAAUGUGUAGGAAAAACAGGAUGUGUCAACAGGGAUCAUCUAUAGAAAGAGGAUUGCAGUCUGUCAGAGUGCGGUUCCAGAAAUUUUAAGGAAGGUGAACAUUUUAAAGGUGCCUCAUAUCCAGUUAGAAGAGGAAUCGUGGUUCAGUCCUCAGGAAAGGAACGUGGCUAUAAGGAGCCACUGUCUUACGUGGACACAAUAUGCAUCCGUGAAGGGAGAGUCUGUCUUCUGGGAAAGUAUGAAAAGUCCAAAUUGGACAGAGUUCAUUCAGAAAGACGGGAUUUCAAUCACAGGGGCUGGUUUUCUCAACUGCGUUUUGGAAACUUUUGCCAGCACAUUUUUAAGACAGGGCGCCCAGAAGGGAAUUAGAAUAACGGAGAUGCUGCUAAAGGAACAGUGGUGCCCCCUUAGCUGA